CGGGAGCAUAGGCUGUUAAAGGGAAAGGCUCGCGGGGAAAGAAGAAGCCACCAUCCCACCGCGCCGCUCGCUGGGCUACCGGCGGGGGAGGCCAUCCAUGGCAGCGCAGAUAACCACCAGAUUUUGACGGAUUCUUUCGCCAGGGUUGGGGGCUGCUUUCGUCGUUGUUAUUCUCAUCCACCUCCAACAACAAACACCGCUCGCCCACCGUGUUUGGGGACAUUUUCCUAGAAGAUUUUCGUUGUUGCUUUUUUGGCUGCUGUCCAGAUGUUGGUUCACACAUAUUCCGCCAUGGACCGCUCCGAUGGACUGAACGGGAGCUCUACCGGAGGCCGCCUCUCACAGCUGUCGUCGCUCAACCAGGCGGCGGCGUACUCGUCGGCUCCCCCUCUGUGCCACACACCGGCCUCGGACUUCCAGCCGCCUUACUUCCCGCCGCCUUACCCGCAGCCGCCGCUGCCCUACUCACAGAGCCAGGAGACCGGCUACCCGCACCUAGGCGACCCCUACACCGCCAUCAACCCCAUCCACCAGCAUCAGCAGAGCAGCUGGCACUCCCAGCGGGCGCGCCAAGAGGAAGCGGCCGCCGGCCUCCUCUCGCAGACGCACCGCGCGCUCGGCCUGGACCCGCGCAGGGACUACCCCGGCAUGCCGCGCUUGCUCCACGGCCUGGCCGACGGGGCGCACGCCCUGAGCGACGGGCCGCUGGGACUACACGCCCUGGGCCACCACAGCAUCGAGGACAUUCAGGCUGUGGAUGAAACUGGCAUGAAUCUCUUGGACCAGUCUGUGAUCAAGAAAGUGCCCAUCCCUUCGAAAGCCAAUGGCACCACCAUCUCCGCCCUUUCUAUGAACAAAGACACCCUGAUUGGAGGGGUGACAAACCCCAAUGAAGUCUUCUGCUCUGUGCCUGGCCGCCUGUCUCUCCUCAGCUCCACCUCAAAGUACAAAGUGACGGUUGGUGAGGUCCAGAGGCGGCUCUCGCCCCCUGAAUGCCUCAACGCUUCUCUUCUUGGCGGAGUCCUCCGGAGGGCAAAAUCUAAAAAUGGUGGAAGGUGUUUAAGGGAAAGGUUGGAGAAGAUAGGAUUAAAUCUACCUGCUGGGAGGCGUAAAGCAGCUAAUGUUACCUUGCUAACAUCAUUGGUGGAAGGUGAGGCUGUUCACCUCGCCCGAGAUUUCGGUUAUGUGUGCGAAACAGAGUUUCCAGCUAAGGCUGCAGCAGAGUACCUCUGCCGCCAGCACUCCGACCCUGGUGAGCUUCAUGCCCGGAAGAACAUGCUAUUAGCGACCAAGCAAAUCUGCAAAGAGUUUGCUGAUUUGAUGGCCCAAGAUCGCUCUCCACUUGGAAACAGCCGCCCAUCCCUCAUUCUGGAACCUGGAGUUCAGAGUUGCUUGACCCACUUCAGUUUAAUAACUCAUGGUUUUGGGGGGCCGGCAAUCUGCGCGGCACUUACAGCGUUCCAAAACUACUUGGUAGAGUCGCUCAAAGGGCUCGAUAAAAUGUUCAUGAACAGCACAGGCAACGGCCACCCGGUCGGCGACUCCAAAACAUCAGAAAAGGAAGUGAAACAUCGGAAAUGACGCCACAGUUCCCCAGCCUGCCCAGUAAGAGGGUUCUUCCCCUUUCCCAGUUCAUGAGAUAAGAGGCUUGGGUCUUAUCAAUGUUGGGAAAAGAAAGGCAGCAACAGCGAAGAUACCCCCCCCCCUCCUUUUCUCUUCCAUGUUUUCUGAACUGUGACAGAUGCAUCUCUGAAACCAAUUCAACAAAAAGUGACUGGAGGAGGAACAUCCACAUGGGCCUCACAGAGAUGGAAGUAAAUCAAGAGCAGUGGGUGGUUGCUGUUGACACUUUUGGUAUUCAGUAGUGGAUACCAAAAGCCAGGUUACAUGUGCAAUUACUUUUUCUUAAAAAACAAACAAACAUUGACUUUGAAAAGGCCAUAAUCAUGAAAUGUUGAGCUGUUCCAAGAGAGAAGUGAGCAAUGUAAAAUGAAGAGGUCUUAGUGGGAUCAAGAAGGGCAGGGGGAUGUUUUUAAUUUGCCUCGUGGGACAGGCCCAGAGAGAUGAGGCAGAAAGAGCAAGCGAGGUGACUGCUGAUGUUCACCUCUGAUGCAGACUUAUGGGUCAAGGAAGAAGGAACCUCACCUGUUCCACUGCCACUGAGCAGCUCUGCGACUUCAUUUGCACAUUUCGACCAAUUGGAAAUCACAGUGGGGUUUGUCUGAUUUAGACCAGACGCACCAAUAUACUCAUUUCAGCAGUUUCCCCCGUAAAAGGAACAGAGUCCCCUGCAAACGCUCUGUUCUGUCGAGUUGUCAUUCAGCUGACCUGGACCCAGGAUGAGCAAGAUUACACCACCAGCCUCCACUCGAGUUUUCAAAUUUUUUAGUAAUAUUAAAUAAUGAAUAAAUGAUACUUAUAAUAAAUUAAUAAACGAUUAAAGCACAAGAAAGAACUUGAAGGAGGCCAAACCGAACUGUUUUGAAAUCUGUAUAUAUUUAUUUAUGUGUAAUUAAAUCAAAGUUUUAAAAUGUCCAGUGCACGUUAUUUAUAUCCAAUUAAGUUGGGACUUAUUUUAAAAAAAACUUUUUGAAAACUAAGUCAGUCUUUGGAAUUUUCUGGAAUGAAGUUUUGGAUACAGAACCUGGUAGCAUGGACAAUAGCCUGUGACGCUAAUGAUUAGAGACAUUUAGCCCGGUUUGGUUUUUUCUUUUUCUUUUGUACUUGCUGUUGUUUCUCUUAAAAAGCUGCAAUAGAUGUACAAUGCCACCACCACAACAAACAAAAAAAUGUCAGUCAUUAUCUUAAUAAAACCUCUUUUUAUUUGGAAACAAGCCCCUCCAUCCCUGUGUUUGUACUGUUGACAAUGGAAUAGUCAGAGUUGGAUCUAUGAGAACAAAAAUGAAAAGCCCAAAAGCAAGCACACUGGGAUGAGUUGACAUAUUUGGGGAAAAUGUUUACUGUAUUGAUUUCAUCAUCAUUGUAAAAGAUUAUAUAUAUAUAUUCUCUGGGCCCAAAUCUCUAUGGUGAUACCCGAGUUAUCCAUCCACCUCAUCCUUCUGCUGAACAGUUCCAUUGGAGCCCACAGGAAAGGGAGGAAAAGAGGGAUAGCCCAAUCCUGUUACAAACAGCAGUAAAGAAAAGGCUUUCUCAAUGCAGUGUGUUAAGGAGCUGCUGUCACAUCAGCAGUGAUGGGGAAGAAAUGUGAUUUCGACUGCAAUUAAAUGAGAAACUACCUAAUUCACACUUCGCAAACCGAAAUUCAUAUUUAUCCAAAUUUUGUGAUGCAGUUCUCUAAUCAACUUGCAUGUACAAAGAUGCAUAUAAUAGGGAAAUUGUGCAUACAAUUUUGGGCAAAACAUAAAAAAAUCCAUUAUUUUGAGGGGGAAUUACUUGUGUGAAUUAGUCAGAACUGCAAACAAAUGUUUUAUUAGGAGAAAUUUGCACUAAAAUGCUGGUAAAUUUUCAUGAGGAUUUUUUAAUAUAUAUAGUUACAAAUUGCUGUGGAAAUGUGAAGAAGUGACUUUAAGACUGGAAUAAUAGGAUACAGAGAAGCCACAAUUGACAUCAGGAAUCCUCUCACUCUGUCCUUGCCUGGUUUGCAUGGUCUAAAACGCUGCAAUAUCUUGCUUCUGAAUUCAAAAUUUCUACCAUUUAGUGGAUCUCCCACUAGCAACACAGCCAGUACAUGGGCAUUAAUACUGCUAUGGUUACAAAACCAUAGAGAAGCAACGUGGAGUGGUAAGUUAACAACUUCAGCCCUUUAUUGUGAAAUAAUCUAUUCCUUUCCAUUUUCACAGAUACCAUCUUCAAUCUAACUGUAUGUCAUUUCCCCAGAAAAUUACGCCCAAAAUGGCUCACAACAUAUGAAAUAAACAGUAAGCAUAACAAUUCAAAACAUAUUGAAACAGUUAUAAUCAUAAUACUGUACCAGUAAAAAAAAAUAUCAAUCCACACAACAUUGUUGCAAACUAUGGGCCAGAUUCAACCAAGUUGCCAUACCAGCAGGGACCAGUGCAACCAGUCCUGCUAGUGCAAUGGGACUUCCUCCCUUCUCUUUUCCCUGUGCCCCCAUCCCCCAGUUCCUUGUGAGGGUUGGAUAAUCCCCCCACAACAGAGCAUGGGGGGUGGGGAAGAGGGGAAAUUGUUCCACCAGGCAAAUGUAAAUGCUUGCACUGAUGAAACAAUUGGAAGAAAGCACCGUGGAAUCCCUCCCAAUACAAAUAAGCUAACCUAAUUUAACAGCUCAAACUAAAUGUAUAAAGCAAGACAAAUAAGCCAACAUCAUUAGGUAACUGAGACUAAACAGGUGGUAAGAUACCACUUCAAAAAUGGAAUAAUCAAGUACAGAACAUCACUCUGCUCCAAAAGACGAACCAGUGGUUUGCUUCUGAGGCUCAAUUGUUAAUGUCAGGGGGACUUCCCUACAGGGAGCCUCCCCCCAUUCAUCCUUACCAGCACUUCGCCCAGCGACAGCGCUAGCAGCGGGUCAGGGGGAAGCGGAAUGGAGGAGGGAAGGCUCAGCGAGGCAUCAGAGCCCCUGCACCACUCUGACCAACAAGUGGAGGAGGGACGGCUCAGGGAGUAGUCUGAGCCCAGGCACUGCCCCCCCCAGCUGGCCAGGGGAAGAAGGGGCACAGCUCCUUCCGGUGCCCAAAUUGAGGCACGCGCCCAAAAGCAGGGCAAAGGGACGGCAUUUCAGGGUGCCCAGGUUAUUAUGUUGGCCCCAAAGCCGGCGGACACCAUUGCCGGGUUCUGAGAGUGACUAGGAGGUCAUGUUUUCUGCUAUCUCUGCACUGUAAAUAGCAUGCACAAUAAAACCUUUAAAGACAGAACGGGCUGGAGCGUCUUACUCAGGAGUAGCCGCAACAACCCUCUGACAGUUAACAUCAAAGAACUCC